AUGGGGUCGCCAAAGUUUAUUUUCGCCGCGGCAGCUGGGGCUGCUGUUGUGGGCGCCACAGUUUACUUUGUGGUACGGCGGGGGCGAAUGGAUAAGGGUGGAGAGGAUGAUGACGCCUUCGAUGGGCCUGUCGUCAGGAAUGGAGAGGUGGCGAUUGCAAGCAAAGCGGAUAAUGGUUCAACCAAACUUCACGGCAGCGCUGCCACCACCACCACCACCCCUGGAAGCAAUGAAAGGAAGGAGGAACCUCAGGUGCGGGUCAAGGCCGGGGAUGUUUCUUCGGUGGAAAACAAGCUACUGGCGGAGGCUUUAAAUGAGAUUGAUAUGCAUGAUGCAGUUGAUCGGACAACAACUUACGGAACCGGCACGAAGAGCUUUACCAUUAAUGAGGCCGGUGGUAAAGAAAAGGAGUUUCCACUUCUAGGUUUGUCAGUGAAGUUGCCAAAUGACUGGGAAAUACGGGAAGAUCUUUCCCCUUUUCCGAAUGUGGCGAUGCUGGUGGUGUUUAAUAAGGAUAUGAACCCUGAAGAUGCACAGCAGCAGCAGCACCAAGAGGCUGGGUCGGUGCCGAUGAUUGUGAUAUCCGUAGAGGAUGUCCGAGGGGACAAUGUUGAUCUGGUUGAAUUUAAGGAACGCUGUAAAGAACUUGCCAUGAAUCAGAUGCUCAUGAUGACUGGUGGAGCCAUUCAACCCAUAAUAACAAAGGACUCCGCGGUGCAAGAAGGACCAUUCCGUUACGCCUUGGAGUACGCACAGUCCCUCCCACCUCUGUAUGAGAUCAAGGUUCUGAAUUUGAUGGAGGUUCGAGACAGCAUUGCGUACACGUUUCAAAUUAUGUGUGCGCCCAAUAUUAUGCCGAAGUUUAAACCCACAUUUAUGAAAAUGGCUCAGGGUAUGCGGAUCAAGGAGAAUAUUGAGACUUCCCUGGGAUAUGUGGAGCUGCACACGGGUGAGGUGAAAGUGGAUAUUGACACCACUUGGGGCUGGGAAUAUCCGGGCAAGAAUGGUUCACUUGCCACAUUCACCACGUCGUCGAAUUUUAAAAAGGAAGAAAUCAGCCUAUAUAAGCAGGACGCGGUCCCUAAUUCAGCGUAUAAACCACGUGAUGAAAAAACUGUUAAUGGUGUUGUCAUUGUCUCUGCGUUUGAUGGUGCACAACAGCAAAAGAUGUUCACCUACAAUGGUUAUACAUUGGUUGUAAAGCCACUGCAAAAGUCCAAUUCACAUCUUGCUGAAAAAGACCUCGUGGCUGUUCUGAAGUCUGUUACUCUUUCAUCGUUGCCUCCUAAACCAAAGAAGGGUGGCACGUUUGUGAAUGCCGAGCACGGCUAUAAGGUGGAUAUUUUGAGUGGUAGUCGUCUUGUGGCGAGCCGCAUUGGCGGUGGCUCCGUCGCCUACGCCCCGCACAGCAUAGCUGAAGGGACUGCCUCUGAAGAGCAGCCACCUGCCGUCACAAUUCGUGUGGGUACCCCUGAAGGCGAUCCUGACUGCAUGGGCUCCUUGGAUGAAUGGAUGGCUCGGAUGAAGCGGGAGGCAGCAGAUAGCGACAUUAGGGAAAUUAAGAAAACGACCAUUAACGAUGAGCCUUGCCUGACGUUUGUUUCGCAGAACAUGGAAGAAAUUGCACCAGGGCAACGAAUGGAAGUACGUGGGAAGGUUUUCAUUUUUGUUCGCGACGGUAAGACGACGCUGUUACGAUGGGAGAUGGCGGUGGGACUUUGGAGGAAGUUUGAACGGGAGAUGAAUGCCUUUGUAGAAUCCUUAAGAUUUAUUUAA